GUGAUGACGUCAACACCGCGCCAGGCGUGGCGUGCCCGGCGUGAGCAGCCGCCGUUCGCCGGGUUACUCCCGGCUCUCGAGCUGAGGGAGAGGGGUCCGUGCUGUCGGCCGGCCGAGAUGUCACAGGCCUUCGGCGCUGUGGACGAGGACGAGGAGCUGGCGGAGGACUGUCCUGAACUGGUCCCCAUUGAGGCGAAGCAAAGCGAGCAGGAGGAAAAGUCUGGCCCCGGCGCUAAGAUCCCAGUCACAAUUAUCACCGGGUAUUUAGGUGCUGGGAAGACAACACUUCUGAACUAUAUUUUGACAGAGCAACACAGUAAAAGAGUUGCAGUUAUUUUAAACGAAUUUGGGGAAGGAAGUGCAGUGGAGAAAUCUUUAGCUGUGAGCCAAGGUGGAGAGCUCUACGAAGAAUGGCUGGAACUUAGAAAUGGUUGCCUGUGCUGUUCAGUAAAGGACAAUGGUCUUAGAGCUAUUGAGAAUUUGAUGCAGAAGAAGGGGAAAUUUGAUUACAUACUGUUAGAGACCACGGGAUUAGCAGAUCCUGGUGCUGUAGCUUCUAUGUUUUGGAUUGAUGAUGAAUUAGGGGUUGAUAUUUAUCUUGAUGGUAUCAUAACUGUUGUGGACUCAAAAUAUGGAUUAAAACAUUUAACAGAAGAAAAACCUGAUGGCCUUAUCAAUGAAGCUUCUAGGCAAGUUGCUCUGGCAGAUAUCAUCCUCAUCAACAAAACAGACUUGGUCUCAGAAGAGGAUUUAAACAAAUUAAGAACAACUAUUAGAUCAAUAAAUGGACUGGGAAAAAUUUUGGAAACACAAAGAUCAAGAGUUGACCUCUCUAAUGUGUUAGAUCUUCAUGCCUUUGACAGUCUCUCUGGAAUAAGUUUGCAGAAAAAACUUCAACAUUUGCCAACAAUACAACCUCACCUUGAUCAGAGUAUUAUUACAGUCACAUUUGAAGUACCAGGAAAUGCAAAGGAAGAAAGUCUAAAUGAAUUUAUUCAGAAUCUUCUGUGGGAAAAGAAUGUGAGGAACAAGGAUGAUGACUGCAUGGAGGUCAUACGACUAAAGGGGCUGGUGUCAAUCAAAGACAAACCACAGCAAGUGAUUGUCCAAGGUGUCUAUGAGCUGUAUGAUCUGGAGGAGACUCCAGUGUGCUGGAGAGAUGACACUGAGAGAACAAAUCGACUGGUUCUUAUUGGCAGAAAUUUAGAUAAGGAUAUCCUUAAACAACUAUUUAUAGCUACUGUGACAGAAACAGAAAAACAGUGGACAACAUAUUUUAAAGAAGAUAAAGUUUAUCUGUAAUAUUGGAAGCAUUUCUUAGCCAAAGGAUUGGAUGAUAAUAUUAGGAGUAAGUUUCCUAAUAUACUGGUUAUAUUUCAAACAUCUGUUCUUUGUAUUCUGUUAUGAAUUCCAGUGUAUGUUAAAAUUAUAUUUAUUUUAUAGGAUACAUAAGAUAUUGUAAAGCAAAACUGUAAAACAUUUGACAUUUAUACAAUAAAAUAUAAUAUCCUCUGAA